UUUCCCACACCAUUUUGAUGUUGUGUUGAUAAUGACUAGAUUAUUGCAUAAUAUGGGAUUUCCACUCAAAUUUCUACUGUUAUUAUCAAUAGCAGUAGUUUGCACAUUAACCGUGUUUGCACAUUGUCAAUUAACAAAUGAUUUAUCAACCUCAUGGAUGGAAGAGAGAUUAUUUGAUCGAGCACGUUGUAAAGCCAACUGCUUGCGAUUAUUCAGUGAUCCAGAAGAACAAAAGGCGCUUCGU